AUGUUCUCUAAAAUCGUUGCUCUGAGCGCAGUGUUGGCGGUGUCUGCAGCAGGCCUGCUGCCCGCGGCGCACUACUCUUCAGCUGAUGUCGUCUCCUCCCAGAGCAUCGUACGCCACGAUGAAGCUCACCCCGCCGCCCAUGUGGCUCACCUAGCCUCUCCUGUAGCUCACGUUGCUCAUGUUGGCGCUCCCGUGGCUUAUGCUGCACCCUCCCACUACUCUUCCGCCGCGUCUGUCUCUUCUCAGAGCAUCCUUCACCACGAACAACCUCAUGCUAAAUUGGUGGCUGCCGCCCCAGUCCACUAUGCCGCUGCCCCCGUCAACUACGCCGCCGCUCCCGUCCACUACGCCGCUGCUCCCGUCCACUAUGCUGCUCCCGUCGCCAAAGUGAUCGCCCCCGCCCAGAACGUUCUUGUCUCCGCCCACGCUGAAGAAUACGCUCACCCCAAAUACGACUUCUCUUACUCCGUGGCUGACGGACACACCGGCGACAACAAGUCCCAGCAGGAGUCCCGCGACGGUGACGCUGUGCACGGCGAGUACUCACUGGUGGAGGCUGAUGGCUCCGUGCGCCGCGUGCAGUACACCGCUGACGACCACAACGGCUUCAACGCGGUGGUCUCCAACUCCGCGCCCGCUCACCAUGUGGCCGCCCCAGUCGCGCACGCCGUGCACGCCGCCCCCGUCCUCCUCGCUCACCAUCACUAA